GGAGCGGAGCCGGGUGAGGCAGGGGCGGGGCGGGGAGAAGGCUGGAGUGGAGUUGGGUGAGGCAGGAGCAGAGGCGGAGGCGGAGACCGAGGCGCUUUGAAAGCAGUCAUUGUAUAGCCCUGGACAGCGAAUCAGGAGACCUGGUUUCUAAUCCCUGCUCUGUCACUAACAAGCUUUGUGAUAUUUGGUAAGUCAUUUAAACUAUAUGUCAUUGUCUUUAAUAUUUACAUAUGAAGAUAAAUACUAUAUUCUUUGUCAGGGUUUAAAAGUAAAUAUGAAAGUAUACUGAUCAAUUUUAAGUAUAAGUUAUUUCUUUUAUGCCAUCAUUAUGUAUAGUCAUAUGUCUUCUUAAUAGAAGGAUAGUCUUAAUCAUUUCUAAUGUUGUUCUAGGAAAUACCCAGUAAAAUAAAUGUGCUUUGAGCAUGUUCUAGUUUUAUAAGAGCAAUCUCAUGUAUGUGAAUUUGUUUUGUGUACUAAAAUAAAAUCAUCUUUCACUAAAUCAUCUAUCAAUAUUUCUUACUGUCCAUAUUUACUUUUAUGUAUCUAAUGAAACACUAUUUGUAUUUUUAUUGAAGUGUUUUUAUUAUUUCUCCCAAUUCAAACAAGUUUCCUAGAAAGCCAUGAUUGUGUACUGCACAUGUACAAAAUUGGCUUAUGGAAAAUUAUAUGUUCUUACAAAUAUUUUUUUUACUCUAUGACUUCCAAACAUAAGCUGUCUACUUAUUCUGGUGUUUAACAAAAGAAAAAUUGUUUGAAACUGUUGAAAUUAGGUGGAAAUAUUGGAAAGCAGUGAGGUGUACAAAAAGCAUGCUUUGAAGAAUGCUAGAUUUAUGGGUGUUUAUAAGAUAAUUUUCAUUAUUUACUUUUAUUGUUUUUAUCUUUUUGGCUUUAUAACCAAGUAUAACUCAAAUAGAUUAUAGAUUAUAACCAACUAUAAUUCAAAUAGGCCAUUUGGUUUACUAAUUGGUAUGCAUUACUUAUUAUUUCUAUUACAUUAAUUAUAUCCUGUAGCAGAUACUAUCACAAACUUACAUUUCAGCCUAUGCUAUACAGAUCAUCUUUAGUGUAUAAUCUUAUAAUUUCUGUUGUUCUGAUUUUAUAUGAGAAGUUACCAUUAUAUGGAGAUAUAUUACCUUAUAACCAUAUCAGGAUUAGUACAAUUAAAUGAUUGAUACAUUCUUUCCUUUUCCAAGUAAUAAUUUUGGAACACUGUAAACUUGGUCCAGCAAUGCCAGCAUUGCUUAAAAUUAUUUUGGCUAUGUAGCUUUGAUACUACCCUCAUAGUUAGUUACACAUUUUAAAAAUAUUUUUCAAUGACAGUUAAUCUUUAUUUUAUAAACAUUUCUCUUUCUCUAAGCUUCUAACAGUCCCUUAGAAGUGAAACAAAUUAAGUGGAUGUUUGAAGCUAAUGUUUGUAAUAAAAAACAUGAGCAGUAUGAUUAUUUCUACAGUCUUGGAUUAUUUUUGCUUUAAGGUUCUACUAUUGUUUUAUCCUUUGAUGAUAUUAUGAGUAAUGGGAAGACAAGAAAUAUGGGCUAUUGUAGAAUAAUAUCAUAAUAAUUUCCAUAAGCUCUUAUACAUGUAUAAUGAGGUCAUAUUGCUUUGUGAUUCUCUUCCUUUGCAACCACAAAAGUAUAUAUAUGUUAUUAAAUUUCUAGUUAUCUUACCUGUCAGUAGUUUAAUACAUGCUUGUGAUAAAUUUAGUGAAAUAUAUUUUAUAAAUUCAUGAGCUGAUAGCUUUUUUCUUCCUUAUACAAUGUUCUGCUUUACCAUGAAACUUUUCUUACCAUUUUCAUUUGACUAUGUUAUUGUAUUUUUAGUAAAUUUCGUUGGAUUAUUCUGUACAUUUUACGUGUAGUAUAACUCCAUUUACACUUCGCUAAGGAAUAUAGCUGCAACAGUCUUAUCAGAUAGAUUAUCUCUCAGCAUUGCAUUGUCAUCUCUUUUAUAUCCAUUAUUGUAACUUUGUUCAUGUAACUUGUGGCUUCAUGUGAUUUCUGUUCCAAAUUAAAUCCUUCUUUGCCUGAGGACAAAUCAUGUUUUAAUUCCAUGUAUUUGUGUGUUGGACACAUAUAUGCAACAUAUGUGGGUUUGCUCACCAAUGCAGGUAUUUGACCAAACUAGAGAUAGAUGUAGUGAUAUCUUACUCAGUUGUUUCUUGGCAUUAUUUUUUGAAACAACACUUCUCACUAAAUCUAGAACUUGCCAUUUCAGUUGGACUGAUAGGGCAAGGAACCACCUGUUAAGAUUCACCCGUCUCUGUCCCCUUCUGGGCUUUGUGUGCACUGCCACACCCAGUUUUCAUGUGUGUGAUAGGGAUCUUAACCCAGGUCCUCAUGCUUUCAGGGCAAACAAGUUUACCCAGUAAGCCACCUCCAAGCCAUAUCUUUGUAAUUUCAUGGUUUUCUGUUCUUGUCUCAUUGCUCCUGUCGGAAGCUGUCUAACCCUUUUCAGUGAUACUUAUUAACUAAGUAUAGCAUGUUCAUUAUCAGCACCAGUUUUGUGUGCACCACACUAACUUGUCUGAAAUUAUUUUGGUGAACUAAUUGCCUUACUAAUCUUUCUAUAUCUUGACAUUUCUAUCACAUUUAUUUUUAUUAUUAACACUGACUACUUCAAUUUUUCUUAAUUAUGUUUGCAUCCUUAAGUUUAAUUCAGUUUUCUAAAGGAUACAAGAACAUGAUUUUUCCUCUGUAUUCUUUUCAGCACAACAUAAUUAAGAAUAAGUGUUCAUAAAAAUAAUAGUUGUUCAAUUAAUUAUUUUAAUAUUAACUGUUCUGUGAUUUUUUAACUCCAGUAUUUCAUGUGAUUCAUGCCUUUGUGAACUAUUUAAUGAAUUCAAAUUAAUGUGUACCUUGUUUUCAUUGCUGUAAUCUGGUUGUCACGGUUAUGUUCCUAAUAACUUUCUUUUAUAGAAGCUUAAGUGAAAAUGGUACAUGUUAGAAGACACGAAACAAGAAAAAAUUCUAAAACCCAAAAACCUGAACAAAAAUCUCGAGUUGAUUGGCAUCGGACUAAAAGAAGCAUCUCACAGUUAUUUGAUAGUGAUGAAGAGCUAGAUAGUAAUGAGGAACUUGACAGCGAUGAAGAGCAUGAUAGUGGGGAAAGUAUUGACAGUGAUGAAGAGCUUGAUAUUAGCAAGAAGUCUGAUAUUAAUGAACUACCAGAAAAGGAAACAGAGCUUAAAUUAAUCAAAGUUGAAAGUCAGGGAAGCAACAGUAAACAUCUUACAAACACCAGCAAUAGUUCAGCAGAUGAAGAACAACUGAAGGAAACCAAACAUAAUGACUUACCAGAUGAUGAAGCUCACCCUGGUCAAGCAGAGAAUCAUCACAACAGACACACUGGGCAAAUCCUAGAGGAAGAUAUGGAAGAUGAAUACAUCAAGCCAGGAAAAAGAAAAAGGCUGUCCUCUGUGAUGUAUGACAGUGAUGAGAGCGAUGACAGUGAUAUCCUAAUUAGAAAAGCAAGUGCUAAACACCCACGCAGGGUGGUCGAGGAUGAAUGUUCUUCAUUGGAAAUGGAGCAAGAAACUCCUGAGAAGUCAUCAGCUGCUCGAAAGCGAGAAUACCACCAGAAGCUACAGGAGCUUUCUGAGAGAUCACGCCAGAGACGGAGGCGCAAUAGUGGUAGAAAUUUUGAGGACUCUGAAAAGGACUCUUGUUCAGGCACUGGUGAGGAGGAUGAAGAUGAGGACGAGGAUGAUUACAGAUAUGAUGAAGAUGGGGAUGAUUACAUGAUUGAUGAUUUUGUAGUGCGAAAUGAGGAAGGCGAUGACGAGAAUAGCAAUCAACAAGGAGAAAAUCUGACUACAUCACAACUGAAAUUAGUAAAACAGAAUUCUCUUUAUUCUUUUAGUGACCAUUAUACUCACUUUGAAAGAGUUGUGAAGGCUCUUCUGAUCAAUGCUUUUGAUGAAUCUUUUCUGGAAACUUUGUAUGCUGGCACCAGGAAGAAAUCCUACGCGAAAGAUAUGUUGACAUCUCUUCAUUAUUUGGAUAAUCGCUUUAUUCAACCCCGUCUAGAGAGUUUAGUCUCUAGAAGUCGAUGGAAAGAGCAAUAUAAGGAGCGGGUUGAAAGCUACUCUAACUUAAACAUCCUUUCAAAGAGCCCUGAGAACUGUGUAUGCCAGGCUUGUGGGCUGCAUCGCCACUGUAAAUUUUCAGUGCAUCUCUCAGGAAAGUUAUACAACAUCAGGACGAUGGAAACAGAUGAUUUCAUGUCACAUGACAAGCAGGUGUUUACUGUUGGCAGAAUUUGUGUUGAACGUACCAGAAUUUAUCAUAAACUAAAGCAUUUUAAAUUUAAACUGUACCAAGACUGCUGCUUAAUUGCAAAACCAGAAGAAGUUGGAGAUGAACAGGUUAAAGAUACAGUAAAGAGAGUCUUCAAUCAUUCAAAAGAAAGAGGCUGGAUUAGAAAGAAAUAUGAUCAACUGCAGAACUUUCUCAAUUCUGCGGAUUAUUUUCAAGAUGAGAAGUUUUAAUUAUAGCAUGCUUCCUUCAUGAAGAGAAGAUUUUAUAAAUUUCUGUAAAUGCGAAGACCAUGAGUUUUAUUUUUCUGUGUUAUGUAUCAUUGGUUUUAUAUUCUAUGUAUGUCUUUGUGGGAAAAUAUCUUAUUUAUAUGCUCAUCUAAUUUUCAUAAAAUGCCAAAGUGAAGCCUAAUAACAGUUUCAUAGAUUUACAUGGAGAACAUUAGCUUUGUGGUUCAGAAGUCCCUCAGUGUAUUAUAGUCACGUGGUGAUGCUUUUCUCACACGUGACCAGCAGUUGAAUGUGCUAUCAUGUCCUGUCAGUUUAGUAGAAACAGGCUGUGUUACGAUAUAUUUGGGCUGACCUGAGGAUGGCUCAGUCAAUAUAGUACUUGUCUUACGAACAUAAAGACCUGAGUUCAGUCCCCUGUACUGGCUAGUUUUGUGUCAACUUGACACAGCUGGAGUUACCACAGAGAAAGGAGCUUCAGUUGAGGAAAUGCCUCCAUAAGAUCCAACUGUAAGGCAUUUUCUCAAUUAGUGAUCAAGUGGGAAAGCCCCUUGUGGGUGGGACCAUCUCUGGGCUGGUAGUCUUGGGUUCUAUAAGAGAGCAGGCUGAGCAAGCCAGGUGAGGCAAGCCAGUAAAGAACAUCCCUCCAUGGCCUUUGUAUCAGCUCCUGUUUCCUGACCUGCUUGAGUUCCAGUCCUGACUUCCUUUGGUGAUGAACAGCAGUAUGGAAGUGUAAGCCGAAUAAACCCUUUCCUCCCCAACUGCUUCUUGGUCAUGAUGUUUGUGCAGGAAUAGAAACCCUGACUAAGACAAAUUGGUACCAGCAGAGUGGGGUAUUCCUGUGACAACCUGACCAUGUUUUGGGGAGGACUGUGGAAGGACUUUGGAACUUUGGGCUUGAAGAUCCAUCCGUUGUUAAGAGCUCUGUCGGAUGUUGUGUAGGAACUUGGAAGAUAAUGUUGAGAACACUGCAGAAGAUGGAGGUCUGGUUUGUGAAAUUUCAGAGGGAAAAAUUAAAGACUCUUUUCAGGGCCAUUGCUGUUUUGAUUGUGAAGGUUCUGUAGUUCUGGUUAGCUGGGGCUGAAGAAUCAGCUGUGAUUAACAAGAUACCAGAACUACCAAAGCAAAAACUUUGCAUUACUGGGACUAUUGAUGCUGGUUAGCUGGAGCUAAGAAAUUAGCGGUGAUUAAGAAGAGACCAGCAUCAUUGAGGUGACAUCUUCUGGGAAGUGUUUUCUGAAAGCACAAAGAGGCUGUGUUCCAGAGAUGGCCAAGGUUGUACUCCUGAUGCAGCAGGACUUGGUAAUAUGUAAGGGUCACCCAGGUGGUACUGGUUUUGAAGGCAUGAAGGGGUCACGCAAAGCAGCUGAGGCUUGGCACUGUGAGAGGCCAUUGGUGAAGGUGCAGCCUCAGUUGCAAUUGAAGGCCCAGGACUGAAGGGGUCAUGCAGUGUUUUGGAGAUGCCAGUACCAUGAGAUGACCACCAAGAGCAUCAGCAGCAGUGGAGUACAGGCAUCUGGAGCCUAGAGGAUGACGCAUGUGCUACAAAGGGCAUGGCUGGAGAAGUGACCCAAGCCCUUGGAGGAGCCCAGAAGAUCGUGAGUUGGAUCCCAGACAGUGGACGGUUGGAGAUUGACUUUUGCUUUUGAUUGUGACUGUGCCCUGAUAUUUUCCCUCUUGAAGGAAGAAACUGUUUUAGUGGAGCCCACAGUUAAGAGACUUUUAAUUGUAAAAAGACUUUGGAUUUUAAAAGAGAUGGAUAUUUUGAAGAGAUUGAAAUUUUAAGAAUAUGUAAAGACUGUGGGAUGUUUAAAGUUAUUUAGAUCUUGGGGAUGAAUAAGAUUGUAAGGGUUGAGGCUUACUAGUGAUGUUUUUGUGUGUCAAGUUGACAAGGGGUCAAUUGUACUGGCUAGUUUUGUGUCAACUUGACACAGCUGGAGUUAUCACAGAGAAAGGAGCUUCAGUUGAGGAAAUGUCUCCAUGAGAUCCAACUGUAAGGCAUUUUCUCAAUUAGUGAUCAAGGGGGAAAGGCCCCUUGUGGGUGGGACCAUUUCUGGGCUGGUAGUCUUGGUUCUAUAAGAGAGCAGGCUGAGCAAGCCAGGGGAAGCAAGCCAGUAAAGAACAUCCCUCCAUGGCCUCUGCAUCAGCUCCUGCUUCCUGACCUGCUUGAAUUCCAGUCCUGACUUCCUUUGUCAAUAUGGAAGUGUAAGCCGAAUAAACCCUUUCCUCCCCAUCUGCUUCUUGGUCAUGAUGUUUGUGCAGGAAUAGAAACCCUGACUAAGACAGUCCCCCAAACCAUAUUUAAAAUAGAGCCAGGCAUGAUGGAAUGUACUUGUAAUCCCCACGCUGGGAGGCAAAGAUGAGGCAGAUCCCUGAGGGUGUUGGCCAGGCACCCAGCCUACUCAUCAGUGAGAGACCCUGUCUCAAAAAACAAGAAUAUGUGGUGCUUGUAAGUGACACCAAGGCUAUCCUCUGAGCUCAGCAUGCACGCAGACACAAAUAGUCAUGUGCCCACACAUUUGAACAACCACACCUGAACCUUCACAUCCACAGUAUAUAUGCAUGUGUAUAUACUUACAUAGUGAGACUUAUACCUAUAUGUAUGUAUGUGUUCUUGUACCCCUUGGCAAUAUUAAGUAAUCUUCAGUAAUAAAUGUCUAGUUAAUGUUUCCUCAAUCAGUGAGUCAUGGAAGUAGCUUCAGGCCUCCAUGCAUUCAGUAUCCUAGCCUCAGAGUGAGACCAUAGCUCAUCUAUUCCAGGUUGAGAAAUGUUUCCUUCUGCUAAAGUUUCCCUGAUAAAUAGAUGAAUCGGCUCAGGGUCUUUCAAUUCUCAUGUUCAGGGAGAACUUCUUAAUAUAUAUAUUUUAAUUGUGUAUAAUGUUCUUUCUUGUUUCUGUACAAUUUUAUGUGUAGUAUAUUAAAGAUUAUGAUAUGAUUUUCACCAUAACUUUCUCUUUCUCUGUGUGUGUGUGUAUGUGUAUAUAUGUUCUAGUCUGAAGAUCUCACAGGCAAGUUCAGCCAAAGAUAUUUUGAAGGCUUAGUUUUGUGCCUCCAUUACUUUGCACAUCCUAACUUUUCCAUAGUGCAAUAAAGUAAAAUGGUUUCAGAGUC